UGCAAGAACUUUAUCCGAUAAAAAAAAUCCUGCGAAAAUCACCACUGCUCGUCUGUGCUGCCGGUAGGCGCCACCGUCGCCAUGGCCGCCCCCGUCUCUGCUUCCCUCUUGCCUCUCGCGAGGAGCGCACCUUCUUUCGCUGGUCCGUACUACAACAAUAAGAGAAGGAUUCCGAUGGUGCGGGUCUGCUGUACUGCCGACGACGAUGAGGAAGUCAACAAUAUGGGAGUCAACAUGGCACUAUCGAUGCUAAAAUUCUACAAAAGAGAGAUAUCACCCUUACUGCCUUCAAGCUGUCGUUAUGUGCCAACGUGCAGCGAUUACUCUAUGCAGGCGUACAAAAGAUAUGGUGUCGCGAAAGGUACAAUCUUGACAGCAUGGCGUCUGUGCCGUUGUAAUCCUCUUGAUGUUGGAAUGCCUCACAGGAUAUCAUUUCAUCGCAACCUCAUAAAGGAGGUUACUCCGGAGUACUACUGCUUGUGCUAGUUUCAAGGGAAAGUGUAUUUUAUUGACUAUGCUGUCAGUUAUGCCAUGAUACAAAGAUGAUUGUUUGCCUGUCUAUGCAGAAGAUGGUUGUGGUAAACGGUAAGUGGAUUGUACAGUUUCCAUGGACCACUAAAGCACUUCUGUAGGAAAGCUAUUCUGCUGGUUUAAAGUUGCGGAUUUGUAUGCCCACAAAUCAUUUUGGUUUAGCUCAUGGAUUGUGCAGUUUAGUUUAUAACUUCUAUGAACAAAGAUCUAGUUGUCAACCACAAAAAGCGAAGGAUUUUCCAGACUUUA